AUGUCAAGGCUAGCAGAUUCGUUGGCCAGAGUUGCCAUACCCUUGGGUCUCGCUGCUUCCGGUUUACAGUAUUCCAUGUACGAUGUUAAAGGUGGCUCCAGAGCUGUGAUCUUCGACAGGUUGAGCGGGGUUCAGCAACAAGUAGUGGGCGAGGGUACUCAUUUUCUGAUUCCUUGGCUGCAGAAAGCAGUUCUUUACGACGUAAGGACUAAACCCAAGAAUAUUGCCACAAACACCGGUACCAAGGAUCUACAAAUGGUGUCCCUAACCCUACGUGUCUUGCACAGACCGGAUGUUAUGAAGCUGCCCACGAUUUACCAGAACCUGGGUCUAGAUUACGACGAAAGGGUGCUGCCAUCGAUCGGGAAUGAGGUUCUGAAGGCAAUUGUAGCCCAGUUCGAUGCCGCAGAGCUCAUCACUCAGAGAGAAACGGUUUCGCAACGUAUCCGCCAAGAAUUGUCGCUAAGAGCUAACGAAUUCAGCAUCAAGCUGGAGGACGUUUCCAUCACGCAUAUGACCUUCGGUCCCGAAUUUACCAAGGCUGUGGAGCAGAAACAAAUCGCUCAGCAGGAUGCAGAGAGAGCUAAAUUCGUGGUUGAACUGGCCGAACAAGAAAGACAGGCUUCGGUGAUCCGCGCAGAGGGAGAAGCAGAGUCUGCUGACUGCAUUUCCAAGGCUUUGGCCAAGGCCGGUGACGGGUUGCUGCUGAUCAGAAGGAUCGAAGCAUCCAAGGAGAUCGCCAAAACGCUGGCGAACUCCUCUAAUGUGACGUAUUUGCCAGGUGGCCACGGUUCUGGUGGCGAAGCUCAAAACCCCAACUCACUACUGUUGAACCUGGGACGCUAG